CACGCCACAAAUUGUUCGAUUUCAAUCACCGUGAGUCAGAGUUGUUUCGCAGUUAGUUCAGAACAUUGCGAUCAAAAUGUCCAACCCCGCAAAUCCGCAAGAAGCCAAGUCAAUUUACGAGUUCAGUGCCAAAGACCUAAAGGGCGAGACCGUGUCUUUGGAGAAGUACAAGGGGCACGUCUGCAUCGUCGUAAAUGUGGCCUCCCAGUGCGGUUACACCAAGAACAACUACGCCGAGUUGGUCAACUUGUUCAACGAAUAUGGGGAGUCGAAAGGACUGAGGAUUCUGGCCUUUCCCUGCAACCAGUUCGCCGGGGAAGAACCGGGGAGCAGUGAGGAGAUUUGCCAAUUUGUUUCGAGCAAAAAUGUCAAGUUUGAUGUCUUCGAGAAAGUCAAUGUAAACGGCAAAGAUGCACACCCUUUGUGGGUCUACUUGAAGCACAAGCAGGGCGGAACUUUGGGGAAUUUCAUCAAGUGGAAUUUCACCAAGUUUAUCGUCGACAAGGAGGGACAACCUGUGGAAAGGCAUGGGCCCAGCACUAAUCCCAAAGAUUUGGUCAAGUCGCUGGAAAAGUAUUGGUGAUUUGGAACGACUCAACUAAUUUUGUUAUAUUUUGUAAUUCUUGUAUCUAUUUAAAAACAUUGUACUAGUUAUAGCAGCUUUAAGUGCUUUUUAUCAGUAGCAUGACUAGAGUAAAUAUUUUUCAUCAAUUUAGGUAACAUAAAUAGUACUGUGGACUAUGAGUAAUAACUUACAACAUAAAUAUCAUUAAAGUUAUGCAUAUUGUAUUGUUUUUAUUUGUUUAGUGUUUAUCACAAAAUAAAAGAUUACUAUUUUGUUAAUUGGUAA